AUGCGCCACAAGCUCCCAAUCAAACUAUCCAAGUGUGAAUUCCAUAAGAAGGAAUUGGAUUAUCUGGGCUAUCGUAUCUCGGAGCAAGGAUUAAAAAUGGAUCCUGCUAAAGUUAAAGCUGUGGAAGACUGGCAAGCGCCCACCACCCGAAAACAAUUACAAUCGUUCCUGGGCUUUGCUAAUUUUUACAGACAGUUCAUUGAACGUUUCACCCAAAUUGCCCUCCCUUUAACGGACUUGCUCAAAACAAAAGGGAAGGGGGAGCAAGCCACUAAGCCAAUGGCUAAGCUCAGAUGGGGGCCAAACUGUCAGUUAGCAUUCGAAACACUGAAGGACCGUUUUACCACAGAGCCAAUCCUACAGCAUCCCGAUGAAAACAGGGCUUUCAUAGUGCAAGUGGAUGCCAGUGACUCUGCCAUUGGGGGGGGUCCUUAUGCAGAAAGGGGACGGUAA